AUGGCACGAUUCUCACCUCCAGAUACCUCCUCUUAUGAUCGUGUCGCGUAUCUUGUUGGCUAUCCCAUCGCCCAUUCGAAAUCACCGUCAUUACAUCAUGCCAUCUACUCGGCCGUCGGACAAAGAUGGGGCCAAGUUCUCUGCGAAACGACCGACCUCGAGAGUUUCUUGACGUUUCUGAAGAGUGAUAAAAAAUGCAUGGGAAGCGGUGUGACGAUGCCGUUUAAAGUUGCCAUCAUCCCUUAUCUCGAUGAACUCACAGACGAAGGGAAUGCGAUUGGAGCUGUGAAUACGAUUGUUUUCAAGACUGGCCCAAGCGGAUCCAGGCUGUACUGCGGCACGAAUACUGAUUGUUUGGGGAUCCGGGACGCCUUUCUCACAAAUGUUGAAGGCUCUCCCUAUCGAGAGAAGCCAGGUCUCGUCGUUGGAGGUGGCGGCACGUGCAGAGCAGCCGUGUAUGCAUUGCAGCAAUUCAUGGGUUGUUCGCCCAUAUACAUCAUCAACCGUGAUGCCAGUGAAGUGGAAGCUGUGCUCCAGGAAUGUCGAAUUCGUGGAGUCAGCGAUAAUCUGAUAUACGUCUCCACGACAGACCAAGCCAGAACACUGCCGUCACCAGGAGCAGUGGUCAGUGCAGUCCCAAACUUCACUCCUGUAACGGAGGCAGAGAAAACUGUCAGGGAGAUCCUCUCCAUAUUUUUGGAUGGCGACGAGAAGGGUGCUUUCUUGGAAAUGUGUUAUCACCCGUCUCCUGAUACUGAAUUAUCCAGACUUGCUCUGCAAUCAGGCUGGCAGGUAAUCGGUGGUAUUGAAGCCAUGAUAGGUCAAGGACUUGCCCAAGCAAGCCUGUGGACCGGCAUUGAGAUCGACGGCAGGCUGCGUGAUGUGGCACGAGAAGAGGUGCAGAGACAGAUGACCAAUGUACACUGA